GGCAAUCCCAGCUGCCGCCUCCAGGAUGUCCUCCUGGCUGCAGACAGGGCUUCUCCUUGGUCAGCACCUGUCUGGAGCCCGGGGCUGGCUCCAAGCCGCUCCAGCUCUCCCUGCGGCCACUCUACCUGGGCAGCUCCGGGGACUCAGCCCGGCCCAGCAGCCCCCUGGGCGCAGGACCCCAGUCGCUGCCCUGGCCUGGAGGGAGCCCCAGGCGGAGCUGCCUGUCCCGGCCCCUCGGAGGGGGGCCGGCCGCUCCCCUCCGGGCGCCCGCGGAGCUGCUGCUGCCAGCGGCUGCUCCCGCCUGCAGUCUGGCUGAUGGAAAGAUUACGCCUAAGCCGUCCCCUCCCCCGCCUGGCAGGACCACACCGGCCGUCCCCGGGGACUCAGCAGAGCCCGGGGCUGGUGGCUGCUGCAGGACAGCUGUCCGGCCGGCUCAGGGCACGGCCCCUUCAGACCCUCCUCCGUCCGGGAGGAAGGGCGCCCGGACGGACAGACGGACGGACGCGCUCCUGAUCCGGCUCAGACACAGCUGCGGGGGCCCUGAGUCAGACAGACGGGGGGUCGCGCGGAGCUCUGGAGCCCUGACGGCCGCCGGGGGACCCGCGUCCAGCGUCUCUGAUGAGUCCAGGCGCGCGGGCGGCCGGACGGAGGCUGGAGAGCGUGAGCCCCCCGCGCGCCUCGCUCGCCCGGCCAUGCCGGCGCCUCCCGGGGACGGUGUCCCGCGCCCGCGCUCCCCGCGCCCGCGCGCCCGCAGCCCGCCCCGCGCGCCGGCCCCGCGCGCCCCGGAGCCGCCCCCCAAGGGCCGCUACUACCGGCGCGCGCGGCGCGUGAGCGGCCCCGACGCCCGCGCCGACCCGCGGGAGGAGCUGCUGGUCAACGUGGGCGGCCGCCGCUACCUGCUGCCCUGGAGCGCGCUGGACGCCGCCCCGCGCUGCCGCCUGGCCCGGCUCCGCGGCUGCCGCAGCCCGGCCGAGCGCGCGCGCCUCUGCGACGACUUCGACGAGCGCACGGGCGAGUUCUUCUUCGACCGCAGCCCCGGCGCCUUCGGCAUGGUGGUCAGCUUCCUGGCGGCCGGCCGGCUGGCCCUGCUGCAGGACGCGUGCGCGCUGUCCCUGCGCGACGAGCUGGCCUACUGGGGCCUGGAGCCCGCGCUCCUGGACGGCUGCUGCCGCCGCCGGCUGCGCGCCAAGCUGGACGAGCUGGCCGAGCUGGGGCGCGCCGACGCGCUGCGGGCCCGGGCCGAGCCCGGCGGGACCCCCGCGCCCCCCUCGCGCUGGGGCCGCUGCAUGAGCCGCCUGCGGGAGAUGGUGGAGAACCCGCAGUCCGGCCUGCCCGGGAAGGUCUUCGCGUGCCUGUCCAUCCUCUUCGUGGCCACCACGGCCGUCAGCCUGUGCGUCAGCACCAUGCCCGACCUGCGGGCCGAGGAGGACAAGGGUGAAUGCUCUCAGAAGUGCUACUACAUCUUCAUCGUGGAGACCGUCUGCGUGGCCUGGUUCUCCCUGGAGUUCUGCCUGCGCUUUGUCCAGGCGCGCAACAAGUGCCAGUUCUUCCAGGGCCCGCUGAACAUCAUCGACAUCCUGGCCAUCUCGCCCUACUACGUGUCGCUGGCGGUGUCGGAGGAGCGCGCGGCGGGCGGCGAGCGCGCGGGCGGCAGCCUGUACCUGGAGAAGGUGGGGCUGGUGCUGCGCGUGCUGCGCGCGCUGCGCAUCCUGUACGUCAUGCGCCUGGCGCGCCACUCGCUGGGGCUGCAGACGCUGGGGCUCACGGUGCGGCGCUGCGCGCGCGAGUUCGGGCUGCUGCUGCUCUUCCUCUGCGUGGCCGUCACGCUCUUCUCCCCGCUGGUCUACGUGGCCGAGAACGAGUCGGGCCGCGUGCUGGAGUUCACCAGCAUCCCCGCGUCCUACUGGUGGGCCGUCAUCUCCAUGACCACGGUGGGCUACGGGGACAUGGUGCCGCGCAGCGUGCCGGGCCAGGUGGUGGCGCUCAGCAGCAUCCUCAGCGGCAUCCUCAUCAUGGCCUUCCCCACCUCCAUCUUCCACACCUUCUCCCACGCCUACCUGGAGCUCAAGCAGGCGCAGGAGCAGCUGCAGGCGCGCCUGCGCCACCUGCAGUCGGCCGCGGCGGCCGGGGAGCGCGAGCGGGUGGCCUCCGCGGACGGCGGCCUGGCCGGACCCGCCUCCCCCGCCGGGGACUAGCCGGCCCGGCGCGCAGGGGGGUCCCGGGCGCCCGGAGGGCCAGGCCCAGACCGGCCCAGACCGCAGGCGGACCCGAGAUGCUCCUGGGCGCGCCACGCCCCCGGCCCACGUGGGCGGUCCUGCGGGGUCGCUCGGCCUCCGCGCAGAGGCGCCCACCACUCAGCCGCGCCCCGGCUUCCACUCCUUCCUCGGUGGGCUUCCUGCCCCCCGGGCGCCCGUCUCGGCGCUCACUCGCUGUCCCCAGCCGCACCUCUGAAUGCAGCUGCUCCCCAGAAACCUCAGCCGUGACCCGGGCCCGGCCCCUCGGUCCUGGGCCUGCUGGGCCACCGUCAGGAGCACUCUUUGCUGCUGCAGCGCUUUCCCGCAGCGGGGGGGUGGGGGGUCGCGGGCAGCACCCCUGGGGGCCUCACCCUACCCCCCACUCAGCCUGGCCCGCAGGCGAGCCAGGGCAGCGGCCCCAGCCCAGACUCGAUGUGGACGCGGAAAUCCCUCCGCCAGGACGGGAGCUGACCGUUGGCCCGCCCGACCCCGGCCCUUUGCCCGGCCGCCCUCCGCACCGAGAGAGGCGGGACCCGCAGAGACGGGGCGGGGCGGCUCCCGGCUGAGCCCCAGCGAUAGGUCUCAACGGUGUGAGCUCCGCCUCCUUCCCGCAUGCUGAUUGGCUGCUGCGGCGAUGACUCGCUGGUUGCUAGGCGACUUCUUCGUCCCCAUUGGCUGAAAGGAGCCUGGAGGUUUCCCGGACCCUUUGCCCUAACGGGACCCAGGAGAAGCCCGCGAGUGAGUCUGGAGGGAAACGUUCUCCCCGGAAGUGACGUGGAGAUGCGGGGGAUUCUCCAAGUCGGGGUCACCGGGCUCAACACAGAGACUCUCCUGAUGACACUCUGAAGACGUCAAAUUUCAGUGCUCGGAAACCGCCAGGCAGCUCAGAAGACAGUCUGAGGGGGGAGGCCGGGCAUGGGGGGGUCCUCUGCAGACCUCCAGGCAGUGUGCUCUUCACAGCUUUGGAGAGGGCCCAGCGCCCCUCGGCAUGGCACAGGGCCUAACCCAUGUCUCAAGGAAGCCCCCACCCAGGAAGGGGGCCAGGGCCCAGGCGCGCGCGCACCUGGGUUUGGCCUCGCGCCUGGCACCUGCAGCUUGGCACCAGGGAAGAGCGCCCCGCCCCGGACAGAGGCACCCCAGCUUGCUCAGACACGCUCGGUCCCUUGGGCCGGUCUCGGGGAGGUGAGCCACAGAGCCGGGCACGAGCCGGGAGAGGAGCUGGAGAGGGAGCCGGGGGCCGCGGAUUCCGUGAGACGCGGGGCUAGUCCCCUCGCCAACAGGAGGAGGGCGAGCCCCUCUGUGCCCACCUGCAGCAGCAGCAGACACAGAGGCCCAGGAGGGGCCCAAGGUGAGGGUCAGAGCAUGGGAGACACCCGAGCUGGGACGCCCUGUCCCGUGCCCGCAGCGCUGCCCCCACGCGGGGCGGCAGGCCGAGCCCUGCCUGGUGACCCUCUGAAGCCCCCUUCCCUGCGAGGGGGAAGCAGAGGGGACAGUGUGGCCCCUGAGCCGAGAUGUGCUGCGGCUCUGUCCAAAGGCUCAUGUUGCCCUGGGCUCAGCGACGCUUCGGGGUCCCCCUGCAACCCCAAGGAAGAUAUUAUGGGUCUUUUGGCUGGGGGUGGGUGGGCUUGGCCGCACCCGACAAUGCUCAGGGGUUACUCCUUGCGGGACUUGGGGGACCCUGUGGGACGCUGGGAAUCAAACCCGGGUCAGCCGCGCGCAAGGCAAACACCCUCCCCGCUGUGCUAGCACUCCGGCCCCGCCAUUAAACAGUUUGAAGUGAC